GGGAGGGGGCUGCGGGGGGGGGCGAGGUGAGAGGUGGCGGCGGGCAGAGGGUGUUUUUUUCCUUUUCCCUCCAGAGCGGGGGUUUGUAAACCGAAGCCAAAGAGUGUCCCCGUGGGCCGGGCGUACUUUUUUUCUUGUCCGGUGCGCUCCUGCAGGGCCGCCUGGUGCCUGAGAGGAAACAGUGGAGGCAGCGGGGCAGGUCACCCGGGGCGUCGGCGAUUUUAUUGAGCCCGAGCCGGCGCGCGCCGGGAGAGGCCGGGCGGGCGGUGGAACGCGGGGACUGGGUGAGGCCCCGCGACCCGCCAGGGAGGCGGCGCGAGGUAGAGGCGGCGGGCGCGAGAGCGGAGCAUGAGCGCCCAGUAGCCGAGGCCCCGCAGCUACCCGGCCUCAGAGGCGACGCGAGGGCGGGCGGGUGGCAGCAGCAACGUAGCCCGGCGGCCCCAGCGGCGCCAGCAGCCGCCCCAGAGGCCCCCGCGGCAGUGCGGUCGCGCUGAGGCGCGUUCCCUGCCUGCUCCGCGCCGCCCGCCCGCCCGGGGCCGCCCUUCCUCGGCCCCCGGCCGCCGCCGCCCCGAUGAGCUCGUACUUCGUGAACCCGCUGUACUCCAAGUACAAGGCGGCGGGCGAGGCCAUCAAUCCCACUUACUACGACUGUCACUUCGCGCCAGAGGUCGGCGGCCGCCACGCCGCCGCCGCCGCCUUGCAGCUCUAUGGCAACAGCGCCGCCGGCUUCCCGCACGCGCCCCCGCAGGCGCACACGCACCCGCACCCGUCGCCGCCGCCUGCCGGGCCGGCUUGCGGUGGUGGGGGCGGCCCCGGUCCCGGCCAGGAGUACUUCCACCCCGGAGGGGGCAGCCCGGCCGCAGCCUACCAGGCCGCCCCCCCUCCGCCGCCGCCGCCUCCCCCCUGCGGCGGGAUUGCCUGUCACCGGGAGCCCGCGAAGUUUUACGGAUACGAUAACUUACAGAGACAGCCGAUUUUUACGACCCAGCAAGAGGCCGAGCUGGUACAAUAUCCUGACUGUAAAUCGUCCAGUGGUAAUAUUGGCGAGGACCCAGACCACUUAAAUAAGAGCUCGUCUCCUUCUCAAAUGUUUCCCUGGAUGAGACCACAAGCUCCUGGUAGACGAAGAGGAAGACAAACCUACAGUCGAUUCCAAACCCUAGAGCUGGAAAAGGAAUUCCUUUUUAACCCUUAUCUGACCAGGAAGAGAAGAAUCGAGGUUUCCCACGCCUUGGCCCUCACCGAGAGACAGGUAAAAAUCUGGUUCCAGAACAGGAGAAUGAAAUGGAAAAAGGAGAACAACAAGGACAAAUUCCCGGUUUCCCGACAGGAGGUGAAGGAUGGGGAAACCAAAAAGGAAGCCCAAGAGCUGGAGGAAGACCGAGCCGAAGGCCCAACAAAUUAACUUCCACCUUUAAAAUUUUACCGCAGAUUAUUGAAACUAAUGAUCAGCAUAUGCUGGUGAACACCACCUAUUUUCUUUGUUGGAAAGGACUUUACCUGUAUUUCAAGCUACCUUCAUGUCACUGCUCUUGAGGUUUCUGCGCUUUGAGAGGGAUUUGGGUGUUUAAAAAAAGUUUCUAGUGUCGUACAGGAACAGCCCUUGAGCUGUCCUAUGUAAGAGUAAUUUGAUUCUGACCUUGUAGCUAUAUUUUUAUAAUGGUAGUUUUUAAUGGCUGAGCUGGUGAUUUUGCCUCAACAACGUAAACUUCCUAAUGUUUAGCACUAAAUAAUUGAAUAUAAAAUGCUUUAUUAAUCAAACAAGUGCACUUGAACAUUUUAAAUUUUUUCUUUAUGGUGAGUAAAUUAAAAGAAGUCUAUUAAUUUUUUAAAAAAAAUUAUGCCUGCAGAAUAUUUACUUUAUAUUAUUUGAUUAAAAUGGUAUUAUUUAUAUUUUUCUUUCUACUUUUAUAAUGAAUGGUUCGGGUGCCUUUUGUUUACUCCUAAAAGGUUUCUUUGAGUAUUUUGUAAAUGUAAUAUCUCUGGGAAAAAGUCUGGGCCAAAUAUUCAAAAAGCACAUGUUAGCUGAAGAGUGUAAUGUGUAGUCCUGGCUCUGCAGCUUCCUUAAACUUGGGGAAAAUGUUGGGCCAGUGACAGAAGUUUCAGGACAAUGUCAAAGUUGACAUUUAAUCAUUUUUCUAUAGUUUAUACAAAUUAUGGCAAUUUAAUCAUCUAGAGUGAAUGAAUACUUGAAAAGCCAAUUAUAACAUUUUCACUCAUAUACUUUUUACUUUGGCAAGUCGCCUUGUGGAACGCCUCUUGUUUCUGAACUUGCUUUCGUUUUGAACUGUGCUUGGUAUUGCCUGAAAUUGCUAGGUCUCUGUGCUGUGGCCGCCGCUGUGAUUCCGUUUUUUUGAGGAGGUGCCAUAUUUAUUUGUAUUCCCUUCGCUCUGUUUGCACGCCCAUUGUGAGCCAACUUGCUGUGCACGUCUCAGAUGUCGGUUGGUACGUCCUCUGCUGUUCUCCAGGUUGGCCUCACCUAUUUGAAACAAUCCUUGAGAGCAAACGCAGAAAAAUCCGAGUGUAAACAACCGCUGCAGAACAUAGCUAGCUCUUUAAUAAAAGAAAUGAAUCUUU